GUCGAAGACAAUUCCCUCCGAAAGCGUCACCGCGCUCGGAUUGAUCAGGAUCUCGACGGCCUCCAUUGCCCCAGGGGCCUGCGACCUCUGUCUGUGUGCUCUGGUGCGCAAGCGACGCGUGGCGAAAGUAUUGACUUCGGACACACUGUCACCAAGGGGGAAUUUGUGUGGAAACUCCGGCGGCUCUCUUGGCUUCCCGCUUGGCUGAAGCAGGAUGACUUCGACUAUGUCAUGUCGGAUGAUUUCUGCGUGGAUGGUCAGCUCUUCGAUUUUGCGUAUAGCCCAUCUGGGAGCGGUGUAGCGCCAGGGCAGCAUGGGUCACUCGCUAUCCGCUACAGAGGUGAAGCUAACAUUGUACUUCGGUACCAGAUAUUUGUGGAGAACCGCGACGGACACUUCGUGCAGUGGGGUGAGACCCGCGAUGAAAUCUUGGACAAUUUGGAAGCGGCUGGGUCAGAUCCCCGUUCGUAUGGCCCUGAUGUAUGCGACGACACUGAUGGAGUGCACUCGACGAAGGGCGUUUUCGGUUUGUCUUUCGAGCAAGUGCUGAAGUCCGAAUGGGUGAAGGAUGACACCAUGACUGUGAAGUUCAUACUCGAAGUGCGCCCUCAGGGGGACAUUGAUUCGCAGCCGCUUGCUGUUUCAGAUGUUUUCGUUCCGGGACCUACCAUCAGCUCCGACAUGCAAGCCUUGUGGCAGAAGGGCACCUGCAGCGACGUGCAGUUUAUGGUGCACGGUGAGGUGAUCAAGGGCCACUCACAAGUCCUGUGUGCACGCUCCGAAGUCUUUGAGAAGCUACUGACUGUUGGUUUGCAAGAUUCUGUCUCCAAAGUGAUCACAAUUGAAGACUGUGAUCCGGCCACUUUCAAGGCAUUUUUGCGGUUCCUCUACACUGACAGCCUUAGCAGCAUUGAGGAGCUCUGCUUGAAGACAUCGGCUGCCACGGUCAAGGAUCAGCAUGGCUCCACGCUUGUAUCUCAGGUGCAGGCCCUGUUGGCCGUGAGCCACAAGUACCAAGUGUCUCGGCUUCAACGAUGGUGUGAAAAGACGAUGUCUGAGCAGAUUACCCUCUCCGAAGUUUGUGGCGUGCUUUGUCAAGCACACCUGCUUCAAGCCCAGGAGCUUGAGAAAUCCUGCCUUGCCUAUAUCAAAGGCAACAUGGCAGAGGUUGUGAAGCUGCCAGCCUAUGCCGAGCUUAUGCAAAAGUGGCCACAAGUCAUGCUGAAGAUUAGCUUGUUUGCCGCUGGGGUGUCAGAAGCAGAAGCGGCCGCCGCAAUAGAUGCCCUCAAAGGGGGUGAGCUGACAGGUAAGCGCAAGCGCGCGGAGCAAGAAUGA